UGUAACACACUGAACUACACCCCCCGCUCCCCAAAGACCUCCUGUCCCAAACGCUCCUAGGAUUUCACUCUUCCUGGGAUGUAGAAGAGAGCAGUAGUUGGUGGAAUCCAAGCCAACCCUAGGAAACAGGAUUAACCUCAACAGUUCUCCUGGGAACCUUUGUUUCAAACUGUGAUUCGAUUUGUUUUCUGAAACAUUGAUACUUUGGGCACAGAUUGCAGCAAUGCCUGUCUCUGGAACACCUGCUCCAACCAACAAGAGGAAGAAGCCUUCAAAAAUCAUCACAGAUUUCUCAAAUAUCUCACAACAUGCAGACCAGCAAGAUGAGGAUGCUGAAGCUGCUGAACUGGACUUGGGGACCAAAAUCAAAGCCCCUAAAGACGUGAUGUUGGAGGAGCUGUCCCUCAUGAAGAACAAGGGCUCCAAAAUGUUCAAGAUGAGGCAGCAGAGGGUGGAGAAAUUCAUCGUCAGUGAUGAGAACCAGCUAAACCUUCAGAAUCUGGCUCCUUCUUUGGGAUGUGAAAUGACUCCACCUGAACCCUCUCCCAAACCAGAGCCACCUCAAGUAGAGGAAGUUAAUGCUGAGGCAGAGAAGGAAAAGAGACGAAGUGAGUAUGUUAAAACCUAUGUGUCACCAUGGGAACGUGCUAUGAAAGAUGACAAGGAUCUUAAAGAAACCAUGAACUUGAAAAUGCCAGGGCCUCAUGUUCAAAAGGAACUUCCUAAGUACAAGAGUUUCAACAGAAUGGCUCUACCCUUUGGAGGAUUUGAUAAGGCCUCUCGUCUUGUCACCUUUGAGCCCCCAGAGAUCAAGGUGAGCGAUGAGGAGCCGCAGCCAGUGUCUAUGUUGCAGUAUAACAUUUGCAGUCGGCCUUCUUUCAACCGCACUCCGAUCGGCUGGACGUGCAAUGAGGAUCACAGCCACAUUCACACGGAGCUGGAAAACAUCCCCUUUGAUGGAGAGACUGACGACCUCUAAGAAACCUGCCCACCAUAUGUGAACAACACAGACAUGUAUAAAUACAAAAAACAUCAAAACAGCAAACGUAUUCUAACAUGAAGGCCAAGUACACAUGCAUAAGCACAUACACAGACCAGCAAACAGGGACCUUGUGCCAAAAAAUUAUGACUGAUUCAUAUUUGCAAGAAAUGGUGCCUUUGCCUUUUGCCUUUUCUCCCAAUGUUUUGUGUGGUGUUUUCUUUGGAUGUGUGUCUGCAUGUUGUGAUUAGCUGGUGCAUAUGUUAUCAGACACAUUAUGCCUGAUUGCACUGCAAUGGUAUUUAUGAUACACACAAACUAAAUAAUAGGCAAAAAAAGAUCAAGCACUAAAAUAAACAUCUACCCCUUAACAGAA